AUUUAAAAUGUGGUCAUUGCCAACACGCAAGUAAAUUCUCUGUGAAAUUUUCACCUGGGUACGAGUCUGUUGCACUUUGUUCGAUAUUUAUUUGUUUCUUUGGUAAACGACCUACUUUGGUAAAUGUCUGUCCCGCUGGGGUUGGAGGGGGCUUACAUGCCACGUGCUGGAUUGGAAAGUGCAGCACCAGUGCAUCUGCAGGUCCUCCUCGGUGCAGGCCUGGCCUUUCUCUGCUUCUGCCUGAUCAUCAGCUGCGCCAUAUGCUGGAGGAAACGCAAGAAUAGCAGCUGCAACAAUGACAAGGAGCAAACUCCGGAACGGAUCAUUUUGGAGCCAAGUCCGACACUGCCCGGGCAGACGAGCGCGCCCGUCAAGCAGCAAUACGAGGAAGUGGAAGGGGAGGUACUUGACUACCCAACGUACGAUGCUGAUGAUCUGCCAGUCUUUGAGCCCGAGAGCGAAUUCAAGAGGAGCCUUCACAGCAGACCAUCCCUGCCCAGUCUGCAUGGCAGAGCUUCCUUAACCACUGUCCCAGUGGUUCAGAAACAAAGCUUGGCGGCCAAAACCAAGAGGAUGCUCGAGAGACGCUGCACUGUCUCGGGCGACGGGUCGCUCUACAACGAGCACACCAAGCUGAGGCGGGCGAGUGCCAGGCUCACCUCCUCAAUACUGGGUCACUCGCAGACCAUGCCAGACGACCUGGCGGGCAUUAAAUCCAAACCGAGACCAGCGCUGCACUUCACCCUGUUUUACUCGGCCUAUGAGGUGACUUUAACUGUUGCUGUCAUCAGCGUCGCCAACUUGCCCAAAAGGUUUGGCUCCGGCUGUGACUCCUAUGUCAAGGUGUACCUGCUGCCAAGGUUCCUUGAACCCCAGCAGACAGCUGUCCACAGGAAGAGCCUGAAUCCGGAGUACCGGGAGUGCUUUCAGUUCUCAGGAUACACGCUGGACGAGGUCAAGGGCUUCACACUCCGCUUUGCCACGUACGUCAAGGAGUUCCACAGUUUUAAGGACACUUUCGUUGGGGAGGUGCUCUUCCCCUGUGAGCAGGGAGACUGGAAGCCCGACGUUCCCUCCACCUACAUCAAGGAGCUGACCGCCACCAAAACCAAACUCAAAAAGUGUCUCAGUUCCCUGGAUGUGACAUCCUCUACAAGCAGUUUCGCACAGCCCAAGACUUUGGGUCAAAUCUUUAUUCUAUUGCAGUAUCAGACCCUAGCGAACAGGAUCAAGGUCAUGAUCCGGAAGGCAGAAAAUCUAGGCAGGAUGACCCGUAUACUUGGAUCACCCGAUCAUUACGUCAUUAUACACCUUUACCAAGAUGGAAAAUCAUGGCAACAAAAGACCAAGACUGCCAACAGCUGCAAUCCAGUCUGGAAUGCACCGUUUCUGUUCGAUAUCCCUCCCGGUGACAUUGAAAGCCGGCAGCUUUCACUGGAGUUUAUAGUGAUGCAGAGUCGCAUUUACACCCGAAACUGUGUCCUUGGCCGCUUGUCCAUUGGCGGGAACGCUGGAGAAAUGGGAAGGAUGCACUGGAAGGAAAUGUGCAGUCGGGGUCAUGUGGAGUCAGCUCGAUGGCACCCCAUCUAUCCAGACACCUUGUAGACGCCACCACACAUAUUCAUGUUUCAUCCCUCUCGCCCUCUUCAGCGAAAUGUGAUCAUAUUGUAUCAAACAUUGUUCAAGGCCAGUUAGGAACUUGAUGUUGUAGGUGACAAAAGAGUUUAAUCACAGCCAUUGCCCUUUCGUCUGGCAGGUCCAUGUCUAUACCCGAACUUGAGAAGAGAAAGGUCUUUCACUGUUGGUUGACUGUCUGCCCUCAGAUACACUUGUGCUGUGCUUAGACUGUCUCAAUCAAAUAACCUACUGACUCUCACCAUCAAUGCUCACACUUGAAUAUUGGCCACAUUGUGUCAAAAGCAGAUUUAGGAUCAAGUCCUUCCCUAUAGUCAUUCCUUCCAUGUAAAAUGAAUGGAAUGACUGGUGAAAGGGGGGACAACUCAAAGUGCUUCACAGGAUAUACUGUAAAAUGGAGGGACUGUG